AUGUUCACACCCGAGGUGAUGCGAGCUUUGUGCACGAACAAGACCCUUCGCUGUGGAGUUCCUAUGAUUAAAAUUGAUCACGAGUUGGAAAAAAAGCUGAAAAUGAAUAAAACGUCUUUAGAAUCAGAAGACUGGAAGAAUAUUCGAGGCCCAAAGCCUUGGGAAGAUCCUGAUCUCCUUCAAGGACGAAAUCCAGAAAUCCUUAAGACUAAGACAACCUAUGGUGGUUACCUGGGCUCCUUGUCCCAACAGGCAUACGAGCCCCAGCUUCCAGCUCCAGCAUCCCGGAUCCUGUUUGGACUCCCUGGAGCCUCUUGA